UUCAUCCCUUACAAUUAGAAAAGAACAAAACACAUCUGGAGCGUCUAGAUGAUAAUACCGAACUUGUCUAGUGUCGUCUAUUCUAAUUUCUAAUUUUCUAACCACAAAAACAGAAUAUGCGUCAGCUAGGAAGAAUAGACAAUUGUUAGUUUGUUCAUUUGUAAUAUAUUUAAUAUAAUUUGUUGCUGUUGUUGAAUAGUUGGAAAUAAAAAUCAUGCCUGGACAAGGUAAAGAAAUGAAUGAGGUAUCAAAGGCAAAAAUUGAACCAAAGGAUGAAAUUUUGCCAGGUUAUCCAACUAUUGAACAUUUCACAAAGGAAGGUUAUAAAAUUUUAAUGGAAGCCAUAAAAAAUUCAAAUUCGCUUCCUAAUGGGAAAGAUUAUAAUUUUUAUAAUACUUUUGAUUCUUUCACUAAUAUUAUGAAUGAAGAAGGAAACGCUAUCUUAAAGCAAAUAAACUCUAUCUUACGAAGUAAUAAUAUAGAAGGAAAUAUUUGUAACAGAGUUUUAGAGGAAAAGACAGAACUUAUGAUAGAAGCAAAUGAUGUUAUUCUUGAUAGAGUUGCAAACAAUAUUGAUGAGAUGAAUGGUAUAAGGAAAAUACCUAUCGAACCUGUUUUAAUCCAGACCGUCAGUGCACAGAUACCCAUCAAUGGAUCUUGGAAUCGUGUUAAUAAUGCUACAUUUUCAGUUAGUUCUUCUAUUACUUCAGAGCAUUUUAAAAAGAAUCAAAAUGCAAUUCGUUUACUUACAGCAAAGAAUAUUUUGAGACCCCAAAAAUUUUUUAAAGAUAAAAUUGUCAACAGCUGUAAAUACCCUUGGGAACCCAGGAUAAAAGAAAAACCAAAUUCAUUGAAACCAUUGGCUAUAUUUUUGGAAGAAACUGAAAAUGGGGAAGAGUAUUCCCAUCCGUAUGAGUUUGAGUUGGAUAAAUUUGUUCCUUUACAAGAUCAAUUAAAAAAAGUUACCCCAACAAGGCCACUUAAAGUUGAAGAUACUCCUUUAAUUGAAAUUCAGAGUGAUGAACAAAUCAAUGAAUUACUUGAAACAUUAAGAAACUGCAAAGAAUUUGCAAUUGAUUUAGAACAUCAUUCCUAUAGAUCUUUUAUGGGCAUAACUUGUCUUAUGCAAAUAUCCACAGCUGAAAAAGAUUAUCUAAUAGAUACUUUAGCUUUACGUGACAAAUUGUGGAUAUUGAAUGAAGUAUUUACAAAAUCAUCUAUCGUAAAAAUUUUUCAUGGAGCUGAUAUGGAUAUACAGUGGCUACAAAGAGAUUUAUCACUUUAUGUUGUUAAUAUGUUCGAUACAUAUCAAGCAGCAAAACAGUUAGGGUACUCUGGACUAUCGUUGGCUUAUUUAAUGCAGCGAUUUUGUAAUUUUAUGCCCAACAAACAUUUCCAACUAGCAGAUUGGAGAAUAAGACCAUUACCUGAGGAACUGAAAGCCUAUGCUAGAGAAGAUACCCAUUAUUUAAUUUACAUAUAUCACAUGUUGAGAAACGAGCUGUUGGAUAAAGCCAAUGGCCAGAACCUGUUACUGUCUGUUAUAAAUAAUAGUACAAAGAUUUGUAAAAAAAGGUAUUUUAGACCUGUCCUCAGAGAUGACAGUCAUUUAGACUUUUAUAGAAAGAGUAAAAGGCUCUUUGAUAACAGACAAUUAUAUGCUCUGAAGGAACUGUAUAAGUGGAGGGAUCAGAUUUCAAGAGAAGAAGAUGAAAGUACUGGGUACGUUCUACCUAAUCACAUGUUGUUACAAAUAUCUGAGACCUUACCUAGAGAAAUGCAAGGCAUUUUGGCAUGUUGUAGUCCUAUUCCACCAUUAGUAAGGGCUAAUUUACUAGAACUCCAUCAAAUUAUAUUGAGAGCAAAAGAGCAGCCACUUGAAAAGCCCAUUAUGAAGGAAGACACUAGAGCUCGUGGCACUACAUUAAAAAUUUCUAAAAUAAAUAUAGACAGUCCUUUACAUUGUCCACACGAUUUGACAAAGUCAAAUGAAUUUCGCGAUGACUUACCUACAUUAAUGGGUAAUAAUAGUGCUGCAAAUUUAUCGGAGUUAAUUGACAAAAAGUUGGAAAUUGAAAAUACUCAUUCUAGUCGUACGGUUUUCGAUCCUCCUGACAAUUCAAGUGAACAGGAAAUAGAUAGUGAAGCUUUAAAGAAAAUUCACAGUAUUGGUUUCCUGGGUCCAUUUGAGCGUUAUAAGUUAGUCAAACCAUUUAUUCAGGCAGAGGAGGAAAGACUGGCUUCUGAAAAAUCUAAAAAUGAUGAACAAAAGAAAUCCUCACAAUCCGUUGAUGUCAUUGUGGUGGAUAAUCGCACUGAUGAGGAACGUAUAGAAUCAAUUAGAGAACAUUUCCUUAGCUUAGCUAGAAAAGUAGUUCCAGUGGUAGAAGAAACAGAAUUUAAUCAAUCCCUUGUUCAAAUGGGAGGAAGUAAAAAAAGAAAGAGGGAUUCCUCACUGGAAGAUAAUCUUGUUUGCUUUCCAUCGACCAGUGUACAAACACCCAUUCCAAAUAUUAAUCCAGCAAAUAGUGAUAUAAGAAAGAGAAAAUCUAUUGAUUUACCACAAGAGACCAGCCCCAAUAAAAUUAAAAAAAUUGAUGGACAAAAUCAAACAUUUGUAAAGAAAAAGAACAGGAGGAAAAAGAAGGGCAAGAAUCUAGCCAGUGCCACAAAUCAGGAUAAACAAACAAACCAGGAAAAGCACAAUCAAAACCUGACUGAUUUUAAUAGUGUCGGCGAUAGAAACAGAUCUGAAAAUCAGUCUAGUAUCAGUGAAGAAAACUCAUCUCGUGUUGAUACAACUAGGGUUGAUGGUAUUAAAGGAAAACAAAAAAAUAGAAAAAGGAAGUUCAAAAUGCAGGCUCUAACCAAUCCACAAAAACUAAACCCUGAGUUUACUCCUUUCGACUAUGCAUCGGUUGAUUUUAGACAGUUUCAGGGUGGCGCUGAAAUAAUUCAGAAACAACAACAACUUAAAAGUUCUUUAAAAUUUAAGAGAAGGCCACGAAAUAACAAGAGUAACAAUAAUCGAUCAAUGACUUUUGGCAAAAGUGGGAAGAAAUUGUGUUAGAUUUUAUUUGCAGAGCAUUUCCUUUUCAGUUUUGUUUAAAAUACUAUUGUGUCUUAAGCAAUGUGUUAUUAUUAUUAUUAUUUUUGUAAAUUUGUUACCC